UGCGCAUGCGUGGUGGACAUCAGGGCGACUUAUUUCUACGGGGAGGUAUUUCUCGCGGCACCGUCAGCAGGACACUUUUGGCGGGCCGCUCCUUGCUGCUGGGCGGAAGAUUGCACCGCUGUAGCCUUUCCUCCCUCCUGCUGUGUCUCCUGCUGAGUGCAGAGCGGCAGUAUGUCGUCCACCAGCCAGAAGCACCGUAACUUUGUGGCGGAGCCCAUGGGGGAGAAGGAGGUGAUGGAGCUGGCCGGCAUUGGUCCCGUGCUGGGCGAACGCCUCUCCAGCAAAGGCUUUGACAAGGCCUAUGUGGUGUUGGGUCAGUUCCUGGUGCUGAAGAAGAACAAGGAGCUCUUUGUGGACUGGCUCAAGGAUACAGCUGGGGCUAAUGUCAAGCAGGCCGGGGAUUGCCACCAGUGCCUCUCUGACUGGUGUGAGGAGUUCUUAUAAACCCCGGCCUCCCUUUCCCACUCUUCUACCUCCUCCUAUAGCUUUCCCCCGUGACAUCAUUCUAUCAAGCUUCAGAAACAAAUGGAUUAUAUAGAUAAGUGUUUUAUAACUAGGUCAUAAGAUUUCCUGGAAUUUGUUUGCUUGUAUUUAUUUUCUCACAUGCAUACAUGUUAUGGUAACAUUUUGGGGAUUAUAUGUUCCAUUGUCUUAAGGCAGUUUUUUGAAAAGCUUAAAAUAUAAAUUUCUUGAAACUUUAUCAUCCAUUGUUUAUGCUUAUUGAAUAUUUUUUUGGGUUAGUUUCUUUGUUAACCUUUUAGGCUAUUUUCAAGAGCAAAAUGUGUUUAAAUUUAAUUACAGUGUGAUGUUCUGCAGUGUGACAAGUGUUUUGCCACUAGUGUUCUGCUUUGUAAUAAAUGAGGUUUUAGACCA